GAAGCAAAAUAAAAUUCAAAAUUUGAAAUGAGUUCAUAAAAAGUUAGGUAUUUCAAAACACAUUAGCUACAAAAAAUGUUCGACAAACCGCUGCUGAUUCUGUUCCGCCGUGCGCUCCCGCGAACCUCAUCGUGGUGCAGGAGCUUCGCUAUCAAACCGGCGGAGCAUGUUCCGGACGGACGACCGGACUCGGGCGGAUCUCCCGCCGGCCAAAGCACCUCGGAAAAGCUGAUAAAGGUGGCCAUUAUCGGGGUGCCGAACGCGGGCAAAAGUACGCUGAUUAAUCACCUGAUUGACCACCGGGUUUGUCCCACGUCGAUGAAGGUUCAUACAACAAGGACAGUUUCGAAGGCGAUCCAGAGUCGGUCAAAUUCGCAGAUUAUUCUGUUUGACACGCCUGGGUUGGUUGGGGAAAAGGAGAUGAAAAAGCACCAGCUGGAUGCCGGGUUUGUGUCCUCGUGCCGGCACGCCGUCCAGAAUUCACACCUCAUCGGAGUGGUUCACGACGUGUCCAACACGUGGACUCGGAAUGCACUCAAUCCGGUGCUGCUGGAGGUGCUCAAGGCUCAUGCCAGCAUUCCGAGCUUCCUCAUUCUGAAUAAAAUCGAUACGCUCAAGUCGAAGCGGAUUUUGCUGGACAUUGUGAAGAAUGUGACCAACAAUCGGCUUGAAAGCAUAAAGAACUACAGCAUCCGGAAGCGCAAGAGCACCGACAAGCAAGAGGAAGUCUCGCAAAAAGCCCCGGAAGCGGAAGGUUGGCCACACUUUUCGGAAAUCUUUAUGGUUUCAGCGAUGACCGGCGAUGGGUUGAAGGAAAUCAUGAGCUUUGUCCAGUCGCAUGCAAAAACCGGCCCUUGGGAACAUCUGGCCACGGAGCACACCGACCAGACGCCGGAGGAGCUCAUCGUGCAGAGCGUCCGGGCCCGGCUGCUGGACUAUCUGCCGCAGGAGAUUCCGUACCUGCUGCAGACGGAGCUGGAAUUUUACGAAAACAUCAAGGGAAAAAUCUUUGCCAGUGCCGUCGUGACGUGCCCGAGUGAGCGUCUCGAGCGGUUGGUUUGUGGCGAGGCGAACGGCAAGCUCCGGCAGAUCACCGAACGAGUCACUUCGGAUCUGAUCGAAACGUUUGCGGGACCCGUCUCGUUGACCAUCGCCACGAGGAUAAAGGGGAAGGAAAAGUAAUGGGGGUGUUGUAGAUGAGAUGUAAUUAAUAAAUUAUGAAAAAAAGUAAAUAAAAAAGUCUUUGAAUA